AUGUCGAAACCACCCUCUCGAGUCGUUUUUGUAGGAAACAUCCCAUAUGGCCUUUCCGAGGAACAGAUCAGCGACAUCUUCAGCAGCGCAGGCAAAGUCCUUAACUUCCGCCUCGUCUAUGACCGUGAGACUGGACGGCCAAAGGGUUUCGGCUUCGCGGAGUAUCCCGACAACGAUUCUGCGGCAUCCGCGGUCCGCAACCUUAACGAUUACGAGAUUAUGGGUCGGAAACUGAGGGUCGAUUUCUCCAACGAAGGAGGCAGCGACGGCAACGAUGACAGUCAUGGACAUCAGGGCCGAGAUGGUGGUAACCCCUCUUACGCCUCGAACGGCUAUAACCCGGCCGCGCCUCCGGUGCAGUCGAGCACGCUCCCUCCUUUACCAGCCGGCAAGGAGCUCCCCCCCAACGUGACUGCAACCGACGCCAUUUCCCGCACGCUGAACACGCUGCCCCCCUCACAGCUCCUGGACAUCCUCACGCAAAUGAAAGCGCUCGCCUCCUCUGAUCCCGCCCGAGCGACGGAGCUCCUUCAGCAGGCGCCGCAGCUGACCUACGCCGUUUUCCAGGCCCUUCUGCUGAUGGGCCUUGUGUCUCCGGAAGCAAUCCACUCCGUCAUCGAAGCUGGCGGCGCGCCCUCCGCGACCCCGGCCCAGACCGCACCAGUCGGCUACCCGCCUCAGCCUCCCGCGCCAGGUUUCCCCCCAGUGGUUGUGCCCGGUGCCACCAACACCCCGCCUGUCGUGGGCACGCCGUACGCGCCGCCCCCCCAACAGGCUCCUUACGGCGCGCCACCCCCGCCACCCGCGGCGGCCCUGGGCCAGGACCCCGAUGCGCUCAUGCGGCAGGUUAUGGAGCUGCCGCUGGAGACGAUCAACAUGCUGCCCGAGGCUGAAAGACAACAGAUCCUGGCGCUCCGGGCAACUUUUGGAGGCCAGAGACGAUGA